CUUUCAACGUACCUUUUCAACGUUAGGUUUUCGAAGGACUGAUUUAGCAAUAUAUGGGACUAUUUCAACAUACCUAUUAUCUCACCAAUCAGAUGUUAAAUUGCUAGGGUCAAUAGGACGCGAUCCUCUACGAAUCAAAGUGCCCAUGAGGCGGAGUCGUCGCGAAAAAUGUAAUACGGCUCCAAAAGUGCAGAUACGCCGUAUUCAUACCCGCAACGAUGCGGAUUAGACCGAGUGUAGAACCUUUAAUAUAAAAAUCAUCUGCCGAAAUCGUUCUGCUAUUAUAUCUUUCAAAUGUUCCCUAGACCAAGAAUAACCUACCUAAACCAUCCAAAUCAACGACUCGCCGUCCUGCGCGAGAAACAGUAUGGCAGAAUCCAUUGGCAUAGCUUCCCCGCCUAGCGAGAACCAGACCGGGAAUAAACUGAAAAUUACCUUUACGGGACCGCAAGAAACCUUGAUAGGGCCGCUAGUAGCGAGAGCCACGGACGCAAGAUCUGCUCAUCCAAUCCUUAACGAUACCGACUCUAUUCGGGUUAUGGAUCAAAUCGACCAUGACUUCGACAAAUUCGGCAUAUAUAAAACGCAGGCUACUAUAUAUGCUCUUCGAGCCCUAUGUUUAGAUCGCUGGACCACCGAGUUCCUUUCAAGCAACCCGCAAGCAACGGUCGUCCACUUGGCCUGCGGACUAGACGAUCGUUUACGUCGCGUCCAAGCAGACUUGACCAAGGUCCGUUGGAUAGAUCUCGACCUACCCGAUGUCGUUGAACUGCGCAAUAAGCUCAUUCCCUAUCCGGAGGGCGACUACCGGCUGAUCGCCGCAGACGCGACCGAAAAAGCGUGGCUCGAGCAGAUCCCUGUUGACCGUCCCGCAAUCAUCAUCUGCCAAGGGUUAGCUAUGUUUCUGGAAGAAGAGUCUGGUAAACGCAUGAUUCGGCAAAUUAUUGACCACUUCAAAUCAGGUCAGCUUAUUAUCGAUCAUAUCGGUACCAUUUUGCUCUCUUUUCAAAACCAGGUCGAUGCUCUGGUAGCCACGGGGUCAAGUUGGAAGUGGGCCAUUGACGAACCAAAGACCCUUGAGGCUCUUCAUCCGCAGUUGAAGAUGGUGGAAUGUUUAGGACCAACCGAAUUUGGUGAUCAUGCAUUUUUGCCGCUUGGAACCCGUCUAAUGAUGUCAACUUAUUCGGAUUUACCCUGGCUAAAGUACAUAUCUUGCUAUAUGCGGUUUGAUUUCUAGAGUUAGCGAAGGAUGACCUGGUAUUUUAAAGCCUUUGAUAUAUUUUUGGACUCGAUCUAAAGCAGCGGGUUCCUGGUGGAAGA